CGGUCUUGUUGGUAAGGUGCUGCUGUCCUUGUAGGAGUUAGAUCAUGCUGGGGCUGGGUGUCUGCAGGGCAGUAUGUGAGUCAUUAGCCCGGUGGCCAGUGUCUGUAGCCUGCCGCUCGUCGCCAGCUGUCAGGCUGCAGUCUUUGCAUGUCAGCGUCACCCACCCGUCUGCAAAGCAGGAGCACAAAGACAGCGCUCCCAUAGACCCUGCUUUACUGCAGGUCCUGGUCUGCCCUCUGUCCAGGAAGCCACUCAGGUUUGAAGCAGCAACUAACGAGCUUAUUAAUGAUGAGCUGGGUAUCGCUUACCCCAUUGUAGAUGGAAUCCCUAACAUGACUCCUCAGGAUGCCAGAAUGAUCCACAAAGAUCAGAAGCCGGAGGAUACAGGCAGCACAUCUUAA